GCGCGCCGGCGUGACGGCGUGAUGAUCAUCCCGCUGGUCUGGCUGGGGGCUUUCCCUGCUAGUGGUUGACCUCCCUCUUUCUCUUUAUCUAGCUCUGCCAUUCGAAUUGAUUGUACUUCUCCUACCCCUGCUACACCUCAGCUCUCCCAGUGCUACGACUGGCGUGACACCGGCUGAAAAUAAGUUGCGGCUAAAGGUUUCACCGCAGGGACACUACAGCAGCUCCUUCUCUCCAUCUCUAGCUUGUCUCUACAUCCAACAUCCAUCUCAUAAGGUCAAACUCGCCGUGUGUGAUCCCGCUUCGAUGGGGGGCGUGGAAGAUGAAGCAUCCAAGGCCGUCCUCGAGAAUCCCCCACAACCGGUUCGGGCGGCGCCGCCACGGCCUUCGCCGCCGCCGCCGCCGCCGCCUCUGAACACCAAUCUCGGUGGGCGCGUUGUUCCAAACCAAGACAGAGAGGUCUCAGCAGCAGCAGCAGCAGCAGCAGCAGCAGUGGUCGGAGAUCGGCAGAUAGAUGAGGACCAGACGGCGCAGGAGGGAGGUUUUGCGUCGAGGACUUCGGCAUCUGGACAAGCGCUCAUCCUCUCGGAAGAGCUGGUGGUGAUAGGAGCGGCGGGGGAGGUGCCCCAGGACGACACGCCAAAUUACUACGAUUGGCAAUACCUGUUUCCAGAGCUGAAGGUUUUGGUAGAUGGCUUGUCGGAGAUAGCGGCGGAGUGCGCACAGGUGGCAGCGUGGAAGGCCUGGCCCGAGAAGCACUACGACGAGGGCGGGGGGCAAGAUUGGAAGGUGUUCCCGUUCGUACACACGUUCCCCGCGUAUGAUGAGGCCCGGCGAACAUGGAUAGACAGCACCUGCGGUCGAUGCCCUGCGACGGCUGCCAUCUUACGCCGCCUGCCCAACAUACGAACGGCGCUAUUUUCCCGGCUUGGGGGAGGUUCCCGGAUCUCGGGGCACCGGGGGUGGGCGGACCUCGCGAACCACGUCCUGCGGUGCCAUCUGCCGCUCAAGGUACCCUCGGAUGGGCCGUGCGGACUGUGGGUGAACGAAGAGGUACGGCACCAUGUUGAAGGCGAGAUUAUCGUUUUCGACGACAGCAAGCUGCACAAGGCAUUCAACGAAUCUUCGGGGGAGAGGCUUGUUUUGAUCGUUGACAUCCUGCGACCGCCAGGGGUGCCUCUUGGAACGGCAGACGGGGAACACACCCCCGAGCUCGACGCCUUCAUUGAUGCUUUCCGAUGAGCUCCUUUCACCCCACCCCCACAGCUGGUGCGCCCAGGCCGGUGGGCUGGUAUAGUGUUUUUUGUUUUGUUGAUACCUCGUUCGGGAGGAGCGGAGUCAUGUGUAGUGCAGGUAUCCUCGUAUUGCCCGUCUCUAUCUAUCUCUCUCUUGGCGAGGUUGAACGUGAUGUGGAAUGAAAAGAACUUGCUGCUUUCGUGGGCGUGGUCUUCAGUGUCUACAUCUUGGUGGACGUGCAAGUGCACAGCAGUACAGCAGUAAAAAGGCCUUGGGGCGUGAGCUACGAGUGAGUAUCAUUUGUGCCCCCUCUCUUGUUGUAGUUUGGUAUUGUUAUUUAGAUUGUUUGAUACGUCCUUGUUUUGUGUCCUGUUCGUUCUGCACUUACUCGUUGUUGCUUCCAAGCUUUCAUGUUGGGAGGGAAUCAGGUACCUACUCGUUCAUCCGUUGUAUUCAGCCCGGGGGAUGGUGUAUUGAAGAUUCCCUACUUGAUUCCCUACUUUGCGGGACUAAGCAGUACAUCUACGUAGACAGUGAGAUGCUAGAGGGUGAGAGCAGCCCUCGUCACGCCCAUUUUGAUGGACUGGACGGAGGUGUGCGUGGGCCCUGUCGUGAGCAAAGUUUUUCUGUCUUUGUGGCCGGCGAACAGGCAGUGUUUGGAUUCACUUGGACUCGACACUAAAAAGUCAACAUUCAUGUGGAUUAUGCAUUCAAGCAGCAGAGAGGCCUGCAGACACCAGAACAGAUGUUGGACUAACACGAACUCACACAU